AUGGCGGAAACCAAAAUAAUUUAUCACAUCGACGAAGAGGAGACGCCGUAUUUGGUGAAGAUUCCCAUCGCUGCCGAAAAUAUCACUUUGCUGGAUUUUAAGCAGGUCCUGAACAAACCCAACUACAAAUUCUUCUUCAAGUCUAUGGACCAGGACUUCGGGGUGGUGAAAGAAGAGAUUUCUGAUGACAGUGCCAAGUUGCCAUGUUUCAACGGCAGAGUGGUGUCAUGGUUGGUAUCUUCAGACACUCCAGCAGCGGAGCCUCCAGUGGCAGUGGUUCCCCCUGUGGAAACGACUACCCAGCCGUCGCCCCCUCCUCCGCCCCUGCCGCCCCCACCUGCAGAGAGGACAGGAGGCAUCGGGGAUUCAAGACCGCCCUCCUUCCAUCCUAACGCCACAGGCAGUGUGGAGACUUUAGACGACCAGACCGAAACUGAGUCUGUAGUUUCUUUUAGGAGAGAGAGACCUCGCCACAGAGAAGGCAUGGAGCAACACGGGCCUCGUUUGAAUGGCCAGAGUCGUCUGGAGCGCCAUCUGGCAGGAUACGAGAGCUCCAGCACAGUGAUGAGCAGCGAGCUGGAAACGACCAGCUUCUGUGACUCCGAGGAUGACGACACCAUGAGCAGGUUCAGUAGUGCAACAGAGCAGAGCACAGCCUCCAGGCUUCUCAAGCGGCACCGCCGACGCAGGAAACAGCGCCCUCCGCGCCUGGAGAGGGCCUCCUCCUUCAGCAGCGUGACAGACUCCACCAUGUCCUUGAACAUCAUCACCGUCACUCUCAACAUGGAGAAGUACAACUUCUUGGGCAUCAGUAUUGUGGGUCAGAGCAAUGAAAGAGGUGACGGAGGCAUCUACAUUGGUUCCAUCAUGAAGGGAGGAGCGGUGGCUGCUGAUGGACGCAUUGAACCUGGUGACAUGCUGCUGCAGGUGAACGACAUUAACUUUGAAAACAUGAGUAACGACGAUGCAGUACGAGUACUGAGAGAGAUUGUACACAAGCCUGGACCCAUUAUCCUCACAGUGGCUAAGUGCUGGGACCCCUCUCCUCAGGGCUACUUCACUCUGCCUCGCAAUGAACCGAUCCGACCCAUUGACCCAGCAGCGUGGGUCAGCCAUUCUGUGGCUAUGACCGGGGUCUACCCUCCCUACCCAGGCAGCUCCUCUCUCAGCACCAUCACUUCCUCCUCCUCUGUCACUGAGACCGAACGUUUUGACGACUUCAACUUAUCACUACACUCUGACAUGGCUUCAGUUGCGAAAGCCAUGGCCUCACCGGAGUCUGGUCUGGAGGUCAGGGACCGCAUGUGGCUAAAAAUCACCAUCCCCAAUGCUUUCCUCGGCUCAGAUGUGGUGGAGUGGCUCUUCCAUCACAUCGAGGGAUUCCAGGACCGCCGUGAAGCCAGGAAGUACGCCAGCAACCUACUGAAGGCCGGCUUCAUUCGACACACCGUCAACAAGAUCACCUUCUCUGAACAGUGCUACUACGUGUUCGGAGACUUAAGCGACUGUGAGAACUACAUGGCCAAUCUGUCCCUGAACGACAAUGAUGGCUCCAGCGGGGCCUCAGACCAGGACACUUUGGCCCCCCUGCCACUCCCUGGGGCCUCCCCGUGGCCCAUGAUGCACACCUUCCCCUAUCAGCCCUACCCUACACAUCCCUACUCGAGCCAGCCGCCUCCGUACCACGAGCUCACCAGCUACAGCUAUGCCCCCGGCAGCACCGGCAGCCAGCACAGUGAAGGGAGCCGAAGCAGUGGAUCGACAAGAAGCGAAGGCGAGCGCCGUCGCAGCAGUAAAGGUCCCGGCAGCACUGUGGGUGGAGGGGAGAAAUCUCCCUCUGCCGGUGGUGGAGAAGGUGGUGGGGCCGACUCGCGCUCAGGCAGCGGCAGCGAAUCAGAGUACUCCACCCGCAGCAGCCUGCGGCGAGGCCACGGUUCUGCUGCCCCCAGUGAGCACAGCCACGCCUCCUCUCAGCGCUCGCAUCAUCACCGUAUCCCCCAACCCCCCCACAUGUCUCCCUACCCACCGGGCAUCCUGCCCUACAACCCCAUGAUGGUGAUGAUGGUGCCGCAGCACCCGCACGCGGCCAUGGCAGCCGCUCACGCUCUCCCUCACGCGCAGGCGCUGCCCACAGCCCCCAUGCACCCAGCUUUACCUCCGCCCCCUUCCUCCACUCCGGGGGGACCUCCCGGCGCCCCGCCCACCCGUGACCUCGGCUCGGUACCGCCAGAGCUGACGGCAUCACGCCAGUCAUUCCAUCUGGCCAUGGGCAACCCCAGCGAGUUCUUUGUGGAUGUCAUGUAGUUGUUCAGUCUGUGUUGAGUGACAAUUCAUGUGAAGUUAGUGUACGGUUCCCACUUGUUUUGACAAGGAUCUGGUGGUAGCCUGUUGAGCUCACAAGUGCCUAUUGGAUGAGGGGCGCUUGUUACAAAUUUGGUGAAAACAGGGUUUAACAUUGACAAAGAAAAUAUGACAAAAUUAGAGUAUAAUUAAUGGUCAGAAUAGAUGCAUUCACAACAUCUAGUCUCUCAUUCUAAAUCAUUAAAUAACUCCGAAAUCUACAAAGACCAGUUCUGUUUUUAAUCCCUGCACUGAGCUUGUUGGAGCAAACUCUCAGUAAAGUUUUUGAGUGCCUGCCAGAGCUGCUUAGCACUCUGCUUUUUUCAAUUCCAAAUAUAUUUUAGGAGGGUGAGCACCUUCACAAAUCAGCCGUUUAUGUCAGAGCAGCCCAUCCAGGAAGCGCACAGACCACAGUUUAACACUAGAGGGCGCCCAGCACACCAUGUACUUGAAAAGGAUUCAAUCCUGUACAUAAAUCUGGAUCAUAACGCCAGAGUCGUUGGCGGCACAGGAGUAUAUCAAGUGCCUUACUCAUCUUUACACUCCAAGUACAUAGAAACACCUCCUCUUGUUCCAGCAUUGUUUGACAAUGAACUUUCUGUAUAUAUCUACUACUCCAAUGUAAAUGCAAUAAUACAGAACAGCAAGCUCUAAUGUGAAAAAGAAAAUAGGUCCAAAUAUGUCAGGUGAACUUGUGUUUAGUAAUCACUGUCUAGGCCUAGUCAAAUAAACGCGUAUUGUGAGGAGUGCUAUGGUUUGUGGUCUGGGACUGUAGAGGCUUUACGGUACUAGUCAGUGAAGAUAAGAUACUGAAAGCGGUACUUUUUGAUUACAUACAGAGUACAUCUUAAGUAACUGUGAUCCAAAUGCCCCCAGCUCCUCAUGCUUAUUUUUAUGUUACUGACUCGCAUUAUUCGCCUAUUUCAUUUUUGUAUGAGUGACUAUAUAAAUCAUUUGUAACCCAACUAUUAAGGUGCUAAUGAAGAGUCAACAUUUAAAAAAAGAAAGAAAGGAUGACAUUUUGACAGUGUCACAUUGUUUGAUUUCAUAUUGCCACCUCUGUUUGUGUAUUUGAGAAUAAAUUUGAUACUCGCA